CCCUUUCUUUUUGGGUGGCAGUGACUACCAUCUAUCUCCCUUUUAAUCAUACAAUACACCAACUGGACGCUCCCAUCAUCCCCAGUUACCCUCUCCACUUUCCCUCUCUUCUCCCAACUCUCUUCCACGGAGAUGCCCACCAACCCAUGGGCUUUCGCUUUAAAUACUGAUCGGAUUGCAUUUUGGAGGAGCAUUUUCAUGAAGAUGCGUAUGUGAUUGGUUUCUUUUUGGAAAUAAUUCGACAUGGGAAAGACGUACUCCGUUCUAGGUCAUUAUUGAUGGCGUCUAAAAGAGGCCGCUGCAUUGUAUCUAUGAUCGAGAAAAGCAGCAAGAGGCUUCUUCUAAGGCAGUCUUGAUGGCUUGUAGUUACCCAAGUUGGCAGAUUUCCAUCUGUUUGAUCUUUUGGUCACUGUUAUCCUCUAUGUUUAUUCACUUCACAGAUAGCUAUCCCGACCCCAAAUCUUUAGAUGCUUUAAUUCGUACUUACGCGAAUAAAAGAGGCUCCAAGGAUCGCACAGGUUCUGUCCACAAAGUUUCCUUACCGGUUAACUUCUCGGGCAUGGAAGCCUCUGUUGUAAGGCUAAGAACCAGUACUUUUUGGGAAAGAGGAGCGAAUUUCAGUCCAUUUGCAAUCCCACCAAGGAUUAUCACAAGGCCGUUCGCCAAGAGAAUAGCUAUAGUAUUUGAAAACUUGGGUAAUUGGUCUUCAUCUUAUUACCAAGUUCCUGGCCAUUCCUUGGUGUCUCCUGUUAUUGGGUUUCAUGUUUAUGAUGCAUCAAAUUCAACUUCUUUAGGCGCCAAGAAUCUCAACUUCAGCUUCAUGAUUCAUCCCGUUUUGAUAUCUUUCCCUCACCGAGAUCAAAAUCUGGCUUCGGCACCCAAAUGUGUGAGAUUUGGUGAUGGUAGCUCGGUUAAAUUCAGCAACAUGACUAGGCUAAAUCAAUGUUCGACGCAUAGCCAAGGCCAUUUUGCUGUUGUUGUGGUUGAUCAGAGUCUGCAGCCAGCCAAGAACAGGGCAGAGAAGCUUUUGAAGUGGUGGGUGCUUGGUUUUGUGAUUGGUUUUGUUGUGUUGGGCUUGUUAAUUUCAAUUGGAGUUGUUGUUUUUAAGAUAGUAAGAAUGAGGAAGAUUAGAGAUAUGGAGAGGGAAUCUGAGAAAAGUGUUGCAGUUGAAACAAUUUGGAUCAAUACAAAUAAAAUGCCGGCUGCAUCAAUGACAAGAACUCAGCCUGCUUUAGAACACAGUUAUGUUCCUUGAGUAUAUUACAUGUUUUAUUUCAUCUGUAGAGCUUCUCAAGAUCAUUUUUUUUUAUAUAAGCCAAGAAUUUUACACUGAAACGUUAGCAAA